GGAGUUCAGCGUCAACAUUGCUUCGCGCGACUUUGCCGCGCAUUCUCCUACGUAAGUGCUCCUGCAGUUACGUUAAAGAAUGGAAGGACGUCAUGCGUUUGGUCUCAGAGGCUUGAGGCUGGCGUCGAAAAUACAUUGGCAGCUAUUUCCCGUCGCAGCUGCCGUACUGAGCGUGCGGCGAACUUCAACUAACGUAGGUGACAGCGUUUCGGCAGGGAAACAUGAGCUGCAAGCGAAGCCCUUCGAAGCGAUUCCCAGGGUACCUUCUUUCCCUGUGAUCGGCAGCUCGUGGAUCUACUGGCGCCUGUUGGGUAAGCACCAUCCCGACCAGAGGCACAAGGCAUCCAUGGAGAUGUACAAGAAGUAUGGCCCCAUUGUGGUCGAGAGGCUUCCAGGGCGUUAUUCCCUAGUGCACCUGUUCAAGGGGCACAGACAUUCGAACCCUGUACCACGAGGAAGGGAAGGAGCCGUUCAGAUGGGUGCCACGACGUUCAAGGACCUACCGAGCGAGCAGACCGGAGUACUACGCAGACUAUCAUACUUCGAGCCCAUCAUUCAGGUUGCAAAGUUCUAUGCGGGCUGCAAAUACUUUAAUGUACGCGCAGGCGAGUUGAUCAAGAACUUGCAGCUCCUUGACGGGACAUUGCCCUCGUAUAAUAUUCGUCCCAGUAACGGGAUUCUGGCUAUCGGAUGA